CACGCAGCAUCCGUACACCCACGCGCGCGCGCCUCUCGAUUACAUCUCUUUCGACUGACAAUCAUGACGAAGGCCAGUGGAAAAGAAAAACUAAUUACUCAUUGUUCUGUCCCUCCACUUUUCCAAUCUCCACAAAGAAGCGGUUUUCCAGGGUCCUCAAGGAUUCUUAUAUAAAGGUGAAUCUGUACCUGCAGACAGUAUGAAGGACAUCAAACCAAGUCGCAAUAUAGAAAGCAUAGUGGUGUUGAAUUUACAAGUCAAACAUGAAGGCAUCUAUGUGUGUUCUGUUCGCAGUGGCAUGCUGGCUUGUAGCGCGAGCAGAGGAGCCUCAGAAUAUACUCAUGCUGAAUAGAGUUAGGCAUUAUGUCGACAAACUAAAAGGAAUGGUCAACAACACAAACUUCAUUAACUCACCCAUCACCGGUGAAAUCAAGGAAUGCUGCAUUAAAUCUGCACUGGAAUGCUUUAGAUCUAAAGUGUUGUUCCUUAACGGGUCAAAUAUAAAGAAGUCACAGACGAUAAUCAACAGUGAUCUGCGCAAACCAGCCAUUACAAAAACUGUCUCCAUUUGCAGUCAGAAAGAGAUACAGGAAGCCCAAUGCAAAUCAUGUGACUCUUACCCCAAGGUUGACAGCCGAACGUUUAUGCAGAAUUUUCAAACUCUCCUACAAAAGAUCUUCGUCAGACUUCUAGUGUCACAAGCAUAGAAAUGAGGAGAGAGAGACUGUGUAUACGACACUACCCCACCUACCCAUGGCAGGGUCUCUCAAACGCUCGGCUGCUCCCAGAUCCUGCUAUUCUAUUUAUUACUUAUUUAUUACACAAUUUUGUAUUGUUUUGUCAAGGUCAUCUUUUGAAGGAUUGUUAUUUACACUGAUGUGGUUUCAGGAAGAGUAAAACUUUUGUAGUAAGGAAAGCUUGAAUGUUUUUAUGAAAACUUUGCAGACUUUUUUAUAGCACCACCUCGUGUUGAGAUCACACACCACUGUUCGUGGAAAGAAACUUUAGGGUGGUUUCACUGAUCAAGAGUAAAAGGGCUUUUAAGAAGUAUCAUGAGAUACGCUGAGAAUACAUUUGAACCUGUGUCCUGAAAACUACUCAUUUGGAUUAUAUGAUACAUACUGAUGUCUCAUAAUGAGAUUUAUAUAUUGUAUUUUGGAUGAUAUUUAUUUGAUAUUAAAAUGAUUUUAACAUGUUUA